UCACUUUAACUAGCUUGUGACGGCAAAAGGAAACCGGGGGCACCGGGAGUUUUCCAAAAUGAGCAGUUCAGAGGAAGUGUCAUGGAUCUCCUGGUUCUGUGGACUACGGGGAAAUGAGUUCUUUUGUGAAGUUGAUGAAGACUACAUCCAGGAUAAAUUCAACUUGACAGGACUGAACGAACAGGUCCCACAUUACAGGCAGGCCCUUGAUAUGAUCUUGGAUCUAGAGCCAGAUGAGGAGCUGGAGGACAAUCCCAACCAGAGCGACCUGAUAGAGCAGGCAGCUGAGAUGCUGUACGGACUGAUCCACGCCCGCUACAUCCUCACCAACCGAGGCAUUGCCCAGAUGCUGGAGAAAUAUCAACAGGGGGACUUCGGCUACUGCCCCAGAGUCUAUUGCGAGAACCAGCCGAUGCUACCCAUUGGCCUGUCUGACAUCCCCGGCGAGGCCAUGGUGAAGCUGUACUGCCCCAAGUGCAUGGACGUGUACACGCCCAAGUCGUCCCGGCACCACCACACGGACGGGGCCUACUUCGGCACCGGCUUCCCCCACAUGCUCUUCAUGGUGCACCCCGAAUACCGGCCCAAGAGGCCCGCCAAUCAGUUCGUGCCCAGGCUGUACGGCUUCAAGAUCCAUCCCAUGGCCUACCAGCUGCAGCUGCAGGCGGCCUCCAGCUUCAAGAGCCCAGUCAAAGCCAUCCGCUAGGACGCCCGCACCAGGGAGGGCUGCAGGGAGGGAGGGAGGGGGGGUGGGAGAGAGGAGGGAUGGAGAGAAGAGAAGAGAAGAGCAGAGGUGUCGAUCCUGGGUUCAGAAAGUCAAAACCCUGCCACACAUUUGAUCCAGCCAGCUCUGAUUCAGCUGAUCGUACGGAGUACUCAAAGCAGGUAGACUGGCUUACCUGUGUUGGAUGGAAACUAUGGCAGGGUUUUUACUUCUGAACUAGGUUUUACCCUGAAUCUCAAAUGGCGCACUUGUGCACUUUAGUGUUCAUGUUUUAGUGCCUAUGGCGUAUUAGUUACGCUCUGAAACAUAGUGCAGAAGUGCUGAAGUGCACCAUUUGAGAUUCAGGGGUUCGACUCCUGGAUGGGGGGGAGGGGGAGGGUGGGGCGAGAUCAUUGUUAUUUGAGAGGUGGAGGAGUAGGAGGGUGACUAGGGAAUAUGAUGGGCGGACGGUGGGUUAUUAUUUACUAUGAUGAUGAUGAUGUGUGAAGGAGAGGAAGGGUGAUGUACCUCAGAUGCUACACAUUACAUACACCCCACUCCACUCCUACCACCCACCCACACACACACACUCUACUGCUGAGGCAGACCAGAAAUGUGUGGGUUUUUUUUGUUUGUUUUAGAUUUAGUGACCUUGAGAGAACAAAUGGAAAAAUUAUAUAGAGUGUUUGGUCUAUAUAUAAAGGCAUGGACGGCUUAAAAAACAAAACAAAGAAAAUCAAGUCCUCUUCUCUGUCACAUGCACACAUCCUCAUACAUUUUACACACAACUGCACACACUCGAAAUGUGAGAAGGGAGAGGGUAUCCCACUGUUGUGAAAAAUUUGCUUGUGUUGGUGAUCAUUGUGUAAGCUUGAGUUUUUAGAGCAAGUUCUUACAUUUUAAAGCUCAAAGUAGAAAUCCGGUGAUUGUUUUAAAUAUGUUGUUCUUUUUUCCUUGCCCCAAUUCCCCCCUUUCUUUGUAACAAGGCACACAAUAUGAGUUUGAGCUGGAUUGUCACCAAUUGUCCUCAUUUUCUUCAUGGCCAAAGCCAACAAGUUGCUGAUGUAAAGCCACUUGUUCACCGGGUCUGUCUUGUGCCUCUCUCUCCUGUCACCAUCCUUUCCAAGUCAGGUCACUGAUGCAUUCUGGGUGUUUUCUCCUGGCAGGCGAUAUUUGCCAUGGUGGCGAUGAUGAUGAUGGUGCUCGUUUGGACGUUUUUUUUUUGUUUUAAUGUAGAUCACUUCUCAGCCGCCCCAGUCUAACUUGCCUUAAUGCAGACAGCUGAAGACCUUGGGUGCAUUUUUUUCCAUCUUCUUUGCCCCUUUCUCUCACAAGCAAACACACACACACACACACGCGCAUACACACACACACGCGCAUACACACACAAACAGGAGAUCAUAAGGCACGCACAAAACACUAGACACGUGGUGGUUCCUCAUCCCUCCUGGCCUGGUUGAAGUCAUUCAUGUGAGACACCUUACAGGACAUGUCCCCCCUAAUGAUGCCAUUUGCUGUUUUCAUGUGUUGUCUUUUUUUGCCCUUCUUGUUUCCUUUCGGCGAACUACAGAUGUUUGUGUGAUGGGCAGGUGUUACCUGGCUCUCUGAGUGGUUGAAAGAACUACACAGGGUGGAUGAGGUGGACUGUAAAUUAAUUAUUGUCAGUUUUGACCUUUUUUUUUUUCCUUCUUCUUUGGUCGUCAAUUCUUUUCUUUGCAGUUGUCAACAAAGAGGAACCAGGGUUCAAAUUUCACAAUAAACAUUUUUUUUCCUAA